AUCUUUUAAAGAUAUUUUCUAUGCCAUGAGUCACAUUAUUUUAACAACUAUCUAAACAUCAUCAGGGUUAUGUAAACUUGACAAUGCUAUUUUGUUUGAGUCUAACGAUCAGCAGAAGUUUAUUGGUUGACAAGUUCAAGGAACAGAAGGAAUUAAUGCAAGUAUAAUAGGAACAUGCCGGUUGAAGUCCAAAACAUGUGAAUUGUUGUACUGGUGACUAAUUUCUUUACUUCAACAAUUGGCAUUAUUUACUUUAUGAGAUUGCUCUCUACGUUGUGGAAGUCUUGGGUGUAAUUUAUUUAUUUUGGACAAAAUUAGCAGAUGAAUGUGGGUUAAAGCUCAAUUAUAUAUGUGUUAUUGGCUGCGUCGUGGGAGCUAAAGUGGGAGUGAACGACAAGGAGAUGGAGGAGAGGGCCGAGAGCUCCAACCUCGAUGACUCUGGUUCGAUUGGCGCGGACACACCAGUGUCGAUUACUACUUUGAUUCCUACUCCUACCUCAAUUUGGUACUGCUCAUUCUCUCCUACCUCAAUUUAAUUCUGUAUUAGCUUCUUGUCUUAAGAAGGGGAGCCUUGAUCCAACGGUAAAGUUGUUAUUUUGUGACCAAAAGGUCACGGGUUCGAAUCUUGAAAACAAUCUUUUGCAAAAAGUAAGAUAAGGCUGUGUACAAUGGAUCCUUCCCCGGGACCCCGCAUAACGGGAGCUUCGUGCACAGAGAUUUUUCCCUUAUUUUUUAUGGGUUAAUUGCUAUUUUUUUAUAUACUUUAUAACUUCUAACAAAUCUAUCACAUAUUUUUAAAAAUAACAAAUCCUACUGUAUAACCUCAACGUUGUAUCAAAAGAUGGACUUUAAAUUUGAUAUUUACCAAAUCAUGAAUCAUAAUUUUCCAAAUUUACCAAAGGGUGUGACUCAUUCUCAAAAUACCCUUGCAAUUCUCUUAACGACUCUUAGAAGAUCAUUUGAAUUAUUAUUUUAAAAUAUUUACAUCAAAAGAGUUAUGUAUAAAUAAAAAUGAAAUUUUUUAACCGAUGUCUAUUAGUACAUUCAUAUUUACAUUUUAGCCCUCAUGCAAAGGACCGUUGUGCUAAGGCAAAAUGUACCUUGUGAUUUACCUGCUUGAAUCUUGCCCUUGCCGUGGGACCGGAGAUACUGGUUGAUAUCACCUUUUGCUCCAAUAUUUAUAUUUUAACUCCUUUCCUCUAUUUGGUUAUUGGGGAAGCCAGAAUAAAUACAUUCUAGGUGUUUUUUUUGUCUAAAUGGAAAUUUUUAAGUUUUUUUUUGUGAUAAUUUAAGCAUCAACAAGUUAACUACGGGACUGACUCCGUAUUUUGUCUUUCUAUUUGUAGGUAUCCAUCAAGUAAUUUAUGCAUUUCUGAUUCAUGAGCCACUAUUGGUUGCCAUCUUGUGUAAUGUGGUGGUGUAAUGUUUCUAUUUAGUGAAAUUCUUAAUAUUAUUGAUUUUUUAAAAUUUAGCUUAUAUUUACUCAGGCAAACAGUUUCUUUGUUUGUUUCUGAUCCUUCGUGUUUAGAAAUCACUUGCAGAUAAACUAAAAGGGAGGCAAUAAUACUCAUCAAUAUUAUCUGCUUUCUCUUGUCAUGAUUCUCUGCAACCAUUUUCCUCAAAUUUUUUCUGACAAUAGACAACAACCUCCAGUUAUAGUGAUUUGCUAGUAGCUGAAUAUUAUUUGACUGGUUUGGAGAUCUUAACAAUCUUAUCAUGCGUAGAAGGGCUAUUACAAGCUAAUAAUAGACCUUAUUAGACAUGACAAGCAGUUAAGGGAUGUGGCACAUUUGAGAAACGUAAGAUUAAAUGUAAUUUUGUAUAAGUUGUCUCCUUUGCUAAGUAGGUUACUUAGAAGCACUCAGAUGCUUUUUUUAUUGUUUAUGCACGUUUAACUGUUGACAAAACGUUCUGUUAUUUCUUUGGAAUAUUUAGUAGCCUAAACUAAAUGUUGUAAGGGAGGCAUCUGUAUGACAUGAGCUUCUUGGUCUGCGUCAUAGAAGCAUACUCAGUCUGCGGUUAUAUGCUUAAAUUGUUAGUAUAUUUGUUUACUUGAUUUAUACUGAUAAAUUUCCGGGCAUCAUUGAUGAUAGUAGGAUUUUCAUUCUCUUUUAAUUGUUGUUGGUAUUUCCUAUUGCUAUCUUUUGUGCUAUUUCGAAAUCAUUUAUCUUUUUUUUUUUUUGAUGCACUCGAUUCCCUUAACUUUCUUUGUCCGGCAGGAAAUGUUAAAGGAUGUUGUUAGGACAGAAACAUAUCAGAAUGCAUUUCUAUUCAAGAACAAGGUUGAAUGCUCUCAAAUGGCUGACAUGGCAAAAGAAAUAGUUCGAUCUGAUGUUAUAACUGUGCUAAAAGGGAAAGUUGAAGAGAUUGGCUUCCAGUCUCAUGUAGAUGUUAUCAUCUCUGAGUGGAUGGACUAUUUCCUGUUGUUUGAGAACAUGCUAAACACAGUUCUUUAUGCGCGCAAUAAAUGGCUUAUCAACAAUGGCGUUAUCUUACCAGACAAAGCUUUACUAUUCUUGACAGCAAUUGAGGAUGUUGAAUACAAAGAAGAUAAGAUUGAGUUUUGGAACAAUGUGUAUGGUUUUGAUAUGAGCUACAUCAGGAAGCAACCUAUGGCCAAACCACUCGUUGAUACUUUUGAUCAAAAACAAAUUGUUACCUCUGAUGUUUUAGUUAAGACGAUGGACAUUUCUGAAAUGGCAUCUGAUGAUGUGUCCUUCCAGACCCGGACCUGGGGUGAGGUCUAGGAGACGCUUGCCUCGUGCCCACUUCUUAGAGGAACAAGAAGUUGGCAACAUGAUGAAGAGGAAAAGUUAAUAAAGGCAUAAGAAAUAGUCAGGUUUAGAUGUGAUUGAUUGAUGUUGAGCUAGCAAUGAAUAAUGGAGUAUAUAUGUUGCUUGAUAGUCUAGGGAUUAACACAUGCAUGGCUUGUAGCUCAUAGCUAAUGAAUUAGUUGUUAAUCAAGUUGUGUUUCUCCCAAGUAUUUGGUGUUGAUUACUUUUUAUCCUGCCAUUGAGCUAUCAAUAAACAAUGGAGAAAAUGUGUUGGUUGAUAGUUUAGGGACUAACUCUUGCAUACCUCAUAGCUAAUGGAUUAUUUGUUGUUGACCAA